AUGAUCAACCCAGUAAGAGUGCAGGUCCCAUGCACCGUCACUCUUGCAACGGAAUCGUCUGAUCCACAUUCCUCAGUCAUGUCUUCAACUGCAGUUCGAGUGUGCGCUCUCCUCGUCGUGUUGAUGGUGCAGAACUCGUGGGCAGGUCGUCCUCGAGAGAAGCCAGGUUUCUGUCCUGCCUUCCCAGCUCCUCCUCCUCCUCCCGGAGGCAUUGACUUCUCUCCCGACAAGCUGGGUUUUGAAAGAAGAACAGGCUGCAGGGAUGAUAAUGAAUGUGAAGGUGAACUGAAAUGCUGUGCAGCUGGAGUUUGCUGUCAUUUUUUCUGUACGAAGCCGCUGGAUAGGCCUAUGUUUCGAUAGGCCGACUGCAUAGGCCUGGAUAAGCUCUUUGAAUAGUGCUGAAACAAACUGCUUUCUCAGCAUCAAAGCGCGGAUUCCCAUUAUAUUUACCUGAAC